AUGAUGGACAAAGUGCAGAGUACUGCGGUCAUUGCCGCGAAUAUUGUCCUCCCCGGCUCAGGCGCACUUGUCAACAGCGCGUUUGAGCUCGGCAAGGUCCUGUUACAGGUCGCCCAGGUAUUGAGUGGGUUGGAAGAGAAGGCGUCUGCAUUCAAGACACAGCAGACUAACAUCAUCGAAGACGUGGAGGACUUCCGCUGGGCCCUCGAUAUGCUGCAGCGCGUCAAGAACCAAGACAAACUGACCGCCGGACUGCAGAAACUGAUCAUGAAGUUCGAGGCGGAGGUCCGAAACUACGAUCGCGUCGUGGACAAAUACUCCAAGAAGAACAUCCUCAAGCAGCUGGUGUUCCACCAGGAAGUGGACAACGCGAGCUUGAACGCGAAGAAAACCAAGGAAAAACUGGUCGAGCGCCUCACCACCGAAUGCUCCAUUGAUGGGAGUGUUAACUUCCGUAGCGCAGUCCCAAUUGCAGCCCCGAUUGAGGAACGAAACAAGCGGUAUAUGAAAUUUGUCGAUUCUACUGAAGCAAUGACGGCCAUGGGCGACCCCGACAACCAGAAGGAGAUCCUGGCGACUUUCUCUUGCCUGGGUCGUCGGAAUGACGUGACGAUGCAGAACACCCUGGACACUAGGGACGGCGUGGUCAGCGUUAUCAAGGAAAAGCUGUGGGCGAGCUCAAGCCGCACUGUUCGAGAUGAGAUCAGCAACCUCCCGGACUGGUACGUCACGGAAGACGAAGUCGAGAUCGACAUGUCGAUGUUCAUUGGAUUUGGCUGA